AAAUAUUUAUCAACUUUUUUUCUCCCUCCCAAUCCGUUUGUGAACUUCAACCUUGUCUAAAGUGACAACAUCUAAAUGGCCACUCGGGUUCUGGCUAUGAUGCAUGUUAAGCAGCUUCUCCGCCUGCCUGUUUUAAGUGGUAAAGAAGCAGCUCCCACAGCUAAAAAUGUUCCAAAAGGCUGCUUUGCAGUGUAUGUUGGAGAGGACGAGAAGAAGCGAUUCAUUCUACCAAUAUCAUACCUCAAUGAACCUUCAUUCCAGAAAUUGCUAAAUAAGGCUGAGGAAGAAUUUGGGUUCAAUCAUUCAAUGGGUGGUCUAACAAUUCCCUGCAGAGAAGAGGUCUUUAUUGACCUCACUUCUGGCCUAAACAGAUCGUGAUACAUGGCACUGAUAUCAAUCAGCAAUAGCCUCAUGUACAGUUACUUCUCUUUUAGGGGAAGUAUUGGGUGGCUAAUGUACAUCCGAUUGACAA